UACUCUUUCUCUUGCAUUCUUCCCUGCUUCUUAAUUUCCAUGUUUGAGAGAGAGCUCUUCUUUGUUGAUUCUAGGCUUUGGGUCAAUCUAAUUUUCAGUGAACUGGAAUCUGCUACUGGUUUUUUUUUAUUGUCUACUUUCUGGGAACACUGAAUCUGUAAUGUCAUGGAAAGUGGAAGGUGUUGGAGGGUCCAAACUUGAAAUGGAGAGUGGUUUACCAAGUGACCACAAUGAGGGGCAUGGAGUUCCCAAGGAUGGUUCCUGGUUUGCCCAGUUCAGGAAUGGAUCCAACCCUUGGAUGGCUAGAUAUGUCUAUGCAGUGAUCUUUUUAGCUUCGAAUUUGCUGGCUUGGGCCGUCCGAGAUUACGGCCGCAACGCCUUCCCGGAAAUGGAAAAACUGAAGAAUUGUCAAGGUGGCCGCCAUUGCUUGGGCGCCGAAGGCGUCUUACGUGUGAGCUUGGGAUGUUUUGUUUUCUUUUCUGCAAUGUAUCUUUCAACUGCUAGCACCCCAAAGAUGUACAACUGCAGAGACUUAUGGCACUCUGGGUGGUGGUCUGCAAAGAUCGCCCUCUGGAUUGCCUUGACAGCGACCGCCUUUUUGGUUCCUACUUUUAUUGUACAGAUAUAUGGGGAGAUUGCGCAUUUUGGUGCCGGGGUCUUUCUCUUAGUUCAGCUAGUAAGUGUUAUCAGUUUCAUUACAUGGCUGAAUGAUUGUUGGCAAUCUGAUAAAAUAUCAGAAAAAUGUCGCAUCCAUGUGAUGUCACUUGCAACUGCUUCAUAUGUAAUAUGCAUAGUCGGGAUCAUCAUGAUGUACGUCUGGUAUGCGCCAGAACCGUCCUGCCUCCUUAAUAUUUUCUUCAUCACAUGGACACUGGUACUCAUUCAGCUCAUGACAAGCGUCUCCCUCCACCCUAAAGUGAAUGCCGGCAUCUUGACUCCCGGGCUUAUGGGGCUUUAUGUUGUAUUCAUCUGUUGGUGUGCCAUUCGAAGUGAACCGGCUGGGGGAAAUUGCAUUAGGAAGGCAGAGGAAUCAAACAGAACUGAUUGGCUCACAAUCAUAAGCUUUGUCAUUGCCCUGCUGGCUAUGGUUAUUGCUACGUUUUCGACAGGCAUCGAUUCUCAAUGUUUUCAGAUCAGGGAAAAGGAAGCACCAGCUGAAGAUGCAGUUCCAUAUGGUUACGGCUUCUUCCACUUUGUUUUUGCCACCGGAGCAAUGUACUUCGCGAUGCUAUUGAUCGGCUGGAAUACUCAUCAUACUAUUAAAAAAUGGACGAUCGACGUGGGUUGGACCAGUACUUGGGUCAGGAUAGUGAAUGAAUGGCUAGCCGUCUGUGUUUAUCUGUGGAUGCUGCUGGCUCCUGUGAUACGAUUGAGGUUUAGACAAACAAGUGAGGCCGCAUGAAAAAUCAAUUGCUCAGCCUUGAAUUCAUUUACUGCAAUUGGCUCCUAUGGUCCAUUGUUGCAUAAAUAGCAUAGAGUUACACAUGCAAAAUGUGAUUAUU